CCUUCAGCCCGUUGGGGCCCGGGGACUCGUAGAUCCUAUUCCUCGCCCAAUCCGCGUGGUUUCGUCAGACUUCAUUCUUUGGAAGAUGAUCCGAUGAUGAUGACGUCAUCCUCGUCUACGGGUCAAAUGCCCAGCCCAUCGCAGCUCGACUCGGGCCAACCAGGUGCGCCAUUCCACGCCCAUCAGCAAACACCUCAAGAGAGCAAGUGGUUAAAAAAAUAUCCUUCGGACGCCCCCCAUCGGACUGCCGUUCGCCCGAGCAAAGCCGUGCUAAACCCAAUUUCGAACUCCCGACCCGUGGCCAAGACCCCCAUGGGCCACCAAAUGCCUUUCAAUCUCAAUACCGGCCAAUACCAACGUUGGCAUGGUCAACCUCAAGCCGGAUCCGAGCAGCUCUUCCAAGUGGGCAGACCUCUAAUUCAACCCGAACUUGCUAACAUGUUUGUGCCCGCCCAUUCUUGGGUAGCUCAGGAUGUGGGUCAUUGCCUGAACCAUCUAAUGGGCUCGAUGAUCGAGACCAUGACGUCGAUCUACCCAUCGCCUCUCAAUCCGAAUGCCCGACCGUUUGUGCCUCUCAAUCCGAAUGCGGCUGAGUUUCGACCCACUGGAUCCGGAUCUUGCGGUUCGGGUUCUGCCACGGCAUCUGAAACAUCUUCGGUGGUGGAUUCAUCCGAGGACCAUCCGAGCAUUUCUCAAGCGGGAUUGCUCUCGCCAGAAAUGUGUCCGCAGAAGGAUAAAUUUACUCCCACCCAGAGCCAGGCCCCUUCUCCAUGUGUGACUCCCGUUGUGGAUGAACAGGCGAAAGAAGACAUCCUGAAGUCCGUAUGUAAUCGGAAAGGAACGCCCUGGGUGCCGGAACCCGCAUUGUCAGCCGCCAAUUUGUCAGAGGAAUCUAUUGGAACCCAUCAUAUCCAGGACUUAAAAUCUUGGCCUGCGUCCGAUUUGGAUGGCGAUAGCUCAUUUGUUAUGGAGUCAGAUGACAACACCACUCUCUCGCCUAAUUUAAUUCCUAACCCCAGAAUUCAUUUAUUGUCGCAGCGAUCCCGAUCCUUGAGCACGUGCUCCUCGGAAGAAUCAUUCAUUGAGUUUUCUUGCGAUGCCCCAAACACGGUUGUUCCACCGUCUAAAUCUGUCAUUCACGCCAACAACGAUGAGUCCGACGACGACUCCUCCGACUCCUCGGAUGAUGAAGAUGAGCUAGAAUCGGAGCAUGAUGACGAUAGCGAUUGGGACGAGGUAGAUGACGCUCAUUGCUGGACAGAUAUCCCGGAUGAGUUCAAGACCUGUCCAUUCCAAUGCCCAAUCGAGGCCAGAAAAUCUGAGGAACAAAAUACUCCCUGGAGCGAGAAUGAAGCCGUGCGGGACGCCAACCGACGUUGGAACCUUAAUUACCGCCAAAUGUCCAACCAUGAUCGAGCUUGUCAAGUGGGAUUCAAGUCAGAGACUGCGUGGGAAGUGUUUCUUGAAGAUCCCGAAGAGUCGGAGGACCUUCAAGCAGCGCGCAAAAGUGAUUUUCCUGAAAGAGCCGCAGAUAAAGCUCGGAUGGAGCGGAUGUUGUCCAGAAUCUUCCAACCUGAUCAUCGGAAGAAAAUGUUCCUCCUAAUACGCGGAGAGCACCUCGAGAAUAUUUAAGCGAAGCACAAAUGGCUGUGAUGAUAUCCACAUACACUAUAAUUUGUAGCACAUUAUCUUGAUUAGAAAGGAUUGAUAUCAGUAAUUCAAUAACAUAUUUUGCCCAUUUUGAAAAUUUAUGUGUAUCCAUUUUUUCUGCAAUUCCCAUCAGACUCUUGGAAAACUAUGAUUUCGAGAACGAAUACCAUGGCUUGUUAUGUGAUGUAUUACAUGAGGACCCAAAUACAAGCCUUAAUAAUGAAA